AUUGGCCCUCUUGAGUGUCCGGCAGUUUAAGCAUCAUAUCAUGCCACUAUAAAACCCUUCUAUUUUCCUAAAGGAACCCACCCUAACAGACCGCUCUUUCGCCUCUUUCACUUCUCUUCACUGUCUCGUCUCUUUCACCUUCACUCUCUUAUUCAACUCUCUUCAUUCUAUGCUUUUGUAAUUGAAGGAGGAAGGAGCUUCUGCAAGCUAUUGAUGUAUAACCACUUCACUUGCUUGUGCAUCAGCUGCUGGUUUUAACCACUCCAGCUCUUUUCGGAUUGUUUUGGUGCCCAUCGCUUCAAAACAGCCGUUUCAAUACAGCAACAUCAGAAUACAACAACACUACCAAAAAGACCUAAUAGAAAGCCUUUUCUUCACGUUUAGUUUUGCCCCUGCCCCAAAGUGUUAACAAAAACACAGAGGAAAAAAAUGGAAAGCAGCAGCAACAAGGAGCAAGUAGUGGAUGUGCAAUCAGUAGUGGAAGCUAUUUCCACCGAUGACGAUGAUGCCCCUCUCUACCAGGUUGAAAGCCUCUGUAUGCGUUGCGGUGAAAAUGGAGUAACGAGGCUUUUAUUGACACUAAUCCCACACUUCAGAAAGAUCUUGUUAUCGGCCUUUGAAUGUCCACACUGUGGUGAGAGGAACAAUGAAGUCCAGUUUGCUGGUGAAAUCCAGCCACGAGGCUGUUGUUAUCGCUUGGAGGUGUCAUCAGGCGAUCAGAAGGUGCUUAAUAGACAAGUAAUAAAAUCUGAAUCUGCCACCAUAAAGAUUCCUGAAUUGGAUUUUGAAAUUCCUCCAGAGGCACAACGUGGCAGUUUAUCAACAGUGGAAGGGAUUUUGGCACGAGCUGCGGAUGAAUUAGAAGCACUUCAAGAAGAGCGGAAGAAAGUUGAUCCUCAGACUGCUGAAGCAAUUGACCGGUUUUUAUUGAAAUUGAAAGCUUGUGCAACUGGAGAUUCAUCUUUCACCUUCAUCCUAGAUGAUCCUGCUGGAAACAGCUUCAUUGAGAAUCCGUUUGCUCCAUCCUCGGAUCCAUCGUUGACUAUUAAGUUUUAUGAGCGAACUCCAGAGCAACAGGCGUCAUUGGGAUAUUUAGUGGAACCAAUUCAAUUGGGAGAAUCUGGCAACAGACCACCAUCAGAGGUGACAGGCAGUGUUUCUGAACAAAAAAGAGAACCUCAUGGAUCAGUUGGAGCAGUGGCUGGUCAUCGGGCCAUUGCUCAGAGUAACAAUGCAGAAAUUGCAGAUGCUAUCUUUCGGUACUCUUCACCAGAAGAGGUGAUGACUUUCCCAUCAAGUUGUGGAGCUUGUGCCAGCAGGUGUGAGACACGAAUGUUUGUCACCAAAAUUCCAUACUUCCAAGAAGUAAUUGUCAUGGCAUCCACUUGUGAUGCCUGUGGUUAUCGCAAUUCUGAGUUGAAACCUGGUGGGCCAAUUCCUGAAAAAGGAAAGAGAAUCACUCUACAUGUGAAGAACAUUAAUGACCUAAGCCGAGAUGUAAUAAAGUCAGAUACUGCAAGCGUGAAAGUCCCAGAGCUUGAGUUGGAGCUGGCUAGUGGUACAUUGGGGGGAGUUGUUACAACUGUUGAAGGUUUAAUUACAAAAAUUAGUGAAAGCCUUGAGAGAGUGCAUGGGUUUACCUUUGGAGAUAGUCUCGAUGAACAUAAAAAAAACAAGUGGCAAGACUUUAAAGCAAGGCUGACCAAGCUUUUGAAUGUGGAAGAGCCAUGGACCUUAAUUCUUGAUGAUGGAUUAGCAAAUUCUUUUAUUGCACCAGCAACUGAUGAUAUCAAGGAUGACCAUCAAUUACUAUUUGAGGAAUAUGGGAGGUCCUGGGAGCAAAAUGAGGAGUUGGGACUGAAUGAUAUUGACACUUCCUCUGCUGAUGCUGCUUAUAACUUGACAGACACUACCUUAAAUCAGAAAACAGAAGAGUAAAUUAUUUUGCUGCCUUAAAAUUUAUAAUUAUUUCAUGUAAUCUUUUUACUCAAACUUUUGAGGAAAAAAAGAAAAAGAAAUUAUACAAUUUAGUCAUGUUUUAAAAUAUUUGUAUCGUAGCUGAUGUUGUGUUACGUAGGACUUUUUGUGCACGGAGUUGCAAUCUAUGUGCAAUUUUUUUCUUUUUGGAAUUUGGUAAAAUUACUGCUGGUUUUACUGCUUUAUGUAGAUUAUUUAUGCAAAAUUUUAGGUCAAUUAAGAUGCAA